UCGGCCCACGGAAAUGCAAUACAAUGCAACAAACGCCCCUCCUUUUGUGCAGUGGUUUCUUCUACCUUCGUUGAAUCUGAGUUUGCUUCUCCAAUGGCGGCCGUGAGUGAAUCAAGCUGCAGCUUCCUGUUCAAAGCUCACAGUAUUAGUGAAUUUCUCCUCUCCAUCUCUCUAUUAAUGGCCGACCGAAUCCAUUUCUCUCCGGGAAUUAAUUAAUUAAGGGUACUGCUUAAUUAAGGUACGUACGGUACGAUGGGCGCUUGUACUAUUAUGGCUCAUAUAGUGUUUCUUCUUCGGUUCUGGCUUCUGCUGUCAUCUUCUUCGGCUGAAGACGUCGUCACCAUCGAUGUGAAUGAGGCCAGAAGCCUUCUCAGCAGUAACGGCGGCGUCGAUAAUAAUUACCUUUGUUUGGAUGUCAGAACUGAAGAGGAAUUCGGAAAAGGACAUUUGGAGAAGGCGGUGAACAUUCCGGUUAUGUUUGAUUCUCCUCGUGGUAUGGUGAAGAACCCUAAUUUCAUAGAUCAAGUUCGGUCUCGUUACGGCAAGGAAGAUCGGCUGAUUGUGAGCUGUAGAAGUGGAGUGAGAUCUUUGCCAGCAGCUACAGAUCUUGUCAAUGCUGGGUUCAAGCAUGUGUGCAAUAUGAGAGGAGGAUAUCUGGCGUGGACUCAGAAUGGAUUUCCAGUUGUAAAUUCACAUAAUGAAGAGCUAAAAUAAUAAUAAUAAUAACAAUAAUAAUAAUACACAAGUUUUUUUACUAUUUUGUCUCUGCCUUAAAAAAAAAAAAAAAGAGUACAUUUUUUUCACACAGACAUCUCAUCAAACAUUAUUUUAAUACAAAACUCAAACCAAAUUUGUGAUUCCCGUUUAACUAAUAACUGAAUAUUUCCAGCAUGAAGUGCAAAAAAAAGGAAAAAAAAAAAAGGAAAAGAAAAAGGUUUGAUAAUUCAUUCCUUCAUCUCCAUCCUACUAAACUAAGGGCAGCAAAUUUUACAACCCACCUAUUUAAUUCUGAAUUUGAGAUCGACUAUCAACAUUUGAGAAGUAAAAAUAAUAAGUGUCACCAAUUUUUAAUAAAAAAAGACAAAAAAUCUAAAUCUAUGCUAAAUUUAAAAGGCUAAAAAUACAAGGGCAAUGCCAAAUACCUCUCUGCCUACUCUGAUGAUUUGCAUAUACAUUCUGGGAAUGGGUUUUGGUAGAAUGGUUCCUCGAGUCUCAAUCUUGCGCGGCCCUUGAUUCCAGAAGGAGCACCGUGUCUUCUCCGUGGGGCUCCAGACCUGAAAAUCCGAGUUGCCUAACAAGACGAGAAAAGGAUGACAUGUUAAGAGUUCCAGCCUCCAAUUUAUCGAAUAGUUCAACCAGUCGUUGCCUGCAAAAUAUAUCAGUCAAUGAUGCGCGAACCAAAAAAAAAGGAAUUAUUUUCACAUAAGUUUAGAUGACCCGAUACCAAAAGUAAAGCGCGGUUUAAAUUGAGAUUCACAUGUUCCUUGCGUGCUGAGACAUGUUAGACAUAAUUCGCAGCAUAACAGAAUAUCCACAGGAGGAGAAAGGACACACAUAUCAGUCUAUGUAAGUAACACAGACAGACAAUUUCAACAAUCAUGCUAACCCCGGCCGUACUGAUAAAAGGGUAGAUACCCACUUUUUGACAAACAUGGUUUGUCGAUUAAAAAAUAUAUCCAAUGUGAUAAUGAAAACAAAGGAAUUGAGAUGGUGGUAUUUAGGAACUAAAGCUUUUCUUAAGUUGAAUCAAAUCUGCACUUUUGCUGCAGUUUAUUGAAUUUC